AUGAUAGUUCGACUUAAGACCAAUUUCCUCAAAAGAGAUGAGAAAUGGACGAAGCUCUACCCAGACGACAAAGAUUACAGGUAUGGCUCAGCGCAUCUUGAUGACAGCCUAACCAGCCUUCAUUGGCUUCGAGAUUAUUCCAUACACAAUGCAGGCUUAGAAGGCCUCCCAGGUUCCAGAUGCUACCAGCAGUGCCACCAACACCUCUGGGCUACAGAGUCUCCCUCCAGCCAGCUUGCUGGAGAUACUGCUGCCACAUUCAUGCCAAGAAGUUUGAGCAGCCCCAUCACUUGUAGUGCCUCAGCUAACAAGAAGGACAGCAGAGACAUGUCUCAGCAGAAAGGGACUAAACCUACAGCACAGGUAGACUACACUGCCAACCCUCAGGUGAAGCCCCCCUAUUCAUGUGCCACGUUGAUUUGCAUGGCCAUGCAGGCCAGCAAGAAAAACAAGAUCACUCUCUCUGCUAUUUAUAACUGGAUCACAGAAAACUUUGUUUACUACAGACAUGCUGAGGCCAGCUGGCAGAAUUCAGUCCGCCACAACCUGUCACUCAACAAGUGUUUCAAGAAGGUGCCCAGGCAGAGGGAUGAGCCAGGAAAAGGGGGAUUCUGGCUAAUUGAUCCUGCGUAUGCUGACAUGUUUGUUAAUGGAGUGUUCAAGCGCAGACGUGCAACAGCAUCUCGUUUCAGCACACAGAGGCAAAGUAAAGCUCUAGCCACUUCCAGAUCCCAACAUAACCCAGAUCCCCAAGCGUACCUAGGAAACAAACCGAAGCAGCUGAAAUUCAGAUGUGAAACGACAUGGUCACAAUCGCCUGUGUUGACAGCCGAUGCCCGGGAACCUUUGGCACUGAGGGGAGAGUUAGACUGGGCCUUGGUGUUUGACGAUGUGCUGAGUGGCAGUAACUUUGAGGGUCUGGACUUCAACCAAGCUCUGAACUCCCUGGGCUGUGACAUGAAGCUGUCUCCGCUGGGAUGCUACCUGACAGGAACGGGGAAGUGGUGUGGUGUCAGGGCACAGCAGGCUUGCAGACCGGCAGAGGCCCCCCUUGGAGGAGCUGAAGGAGGAGGUCCAGGCAGUCCGGACCACUGCCUCAGCUUCUGUGAAGGCUAUUUCCACGAGAUGCAGCUGUAG